CUCUAAGGCGUGGGCUGAACUCUAACAGAAGAAAGAUUGAAGCCUGGGACUUAAAAAGACAACUUUUGCACGUUGACUGCAUAGGUUCUGGAGGAGAAGGUGGGAGGGUGGUGGACACAAGAGCGAGCCACGAUGGAAACUAGCUUCACCUCCAAGGACACUUACCUGAGACAUUUUAACCCUCGGGAUUAUCUGGAAAAAUAUUACAACUUUGGGUCCAAACACUCUGCAGAAAAUGAGAUUCUCAGGCAUCUCCUGAAAAAUCUCUUCAAGAUAUUCUGCCUGGAUGGCGUGAAAGGGGACCUCCUCAUCGACAUUGGCUCCGGCCCCACCAUCUACCAGCUCCUUUCUGCUUGUGAAUCCUUCAAGGAGAUCAUUGCCACCGAUUAUACGGACCAGAACCUGCGGGAGCUGCAGAAGUGGCUGAAGAAGGAACCAGGGGCCUUUGACUGGUCCCCAGUGGUGACCUACGUGUGCGAGCUGGAAGGGAACAGAGCCAAGGCGCCGGAGAAGGAGGAGAAGCUGAGACGCGCGGUCAAGCAGGUCCUGAAGUGCGACGUGACCCAGAGCCGGCCUCUGGGCGCCGUGUCCCUGCCCGCCGCCGACUGCGUGCUCAGCACCCUGUGCCUGGGCGCCGCCUGCCCCGACCUCCCGGCCUACCGCGCCGCGCUCCGGAACCUCGGCAGCCUGCUGAAGCCGGGGGGCUUCCUGGUGGUGGUGGACACCCUGAAGAGCAGCUACUACAUGGUCGGCGAGCGGCGGUUCUCCAGCCUCUGCCUGGGCCGGGAGGCCAUAGAGGCUGCGGUGAGGGAGGCCGGCUUCUCCAUCGAGUGGUUCGAGGUGAUCUUCCAGAGCUACUCCUCCACCAUGUGCGACAACGAAGGGCUCUUCUCCCUGGUGGGGCGGAAGCUGAGCAAAGCUGUGUGACCUGCUGUGGUUGCGAUUAAAGCAAUUCCUCUGCCUGGCGCAGUUAA